AUGUCCGAAAAGAAAGUUAAUUAUUCCAAACCUGAUUCAGUGAAGUUUUCGCAACAGAAGUCAGAAAAUGAGAAUAGAAGAAGUGGAGCCAUUAAGACUAAAGGCAUCUUGGAUAGUCCCUCAGUCCUUUUCAGUGAACGUUUACACCCCAAUUUUGCAAUUAGUCAACCUUUGUCAGAAGAUGGAAUCACUAGCUUCACAACGAAGAGAAAUUUCAAUUUUUGUGAGAGAGCCAAAGAAUACUUUGCUGACCGUAGCCACCAGUUGGAAGUUAAUAGAGCAAUUGGAGGUAGCAUCAAUGAGAAAAAGAAAAUUGGAUUUUUACAACAACUGAAUGGAGAAAUCCAACAAAGUUUUGACAUUGAAGAUCAAAGAAUGCAGCAUCAAGCAGUUGGCUCUGUCUUGUCCCCGUCUGUAUCAACUGAAGACAUCAGUGGUUGUACAGAUGUCAAAACAAUAGAGAAAAAGAAAAUUAGAAUAACUGAUCUGAAAUGCCUUGAAUUGCCAAAAGAAUCAACUUUGCAGGUGGUUGUUACAGAUUUCAAAGACCCGAGUGAGUUCCACGUUCAAAUCCUCACUUCGGAAAACUUUGAGAUCUUGAGAAAACUUGAAUUAUCAUUGAAGAAGGCUCUCUCAAAUGUGAAUAACAUGGAUGAAUAUAUCCCUGAUAAAGGGGAAAUAUGUGUGGCCAAAUUUUCAGAGGAUCAGAAAUGGUAUCGUGCAUUAGUUCAUGAUGUAAACGCGGCUCAAAAAAAGGCACAAGUUUUAUACAUUGACUACGGAAAUCAGGAAGCUGUCCCACUGAAUAAAAUUCGGCCAUUGGACCCAGAGAUGGCUGUUUUGCCACCUUGUGCAAUGAAGUGUUGUGUUGCAAAUGUCUUGCAGCACAGUAGUUGGGAUGAAGAAAGCAUCAGAUUGGUUAGGCUUCAGAUUCUACAGAAAUCUUGCUCCAUGACCAUCUUGGGGAAGCCAAAUAAUGUGUCAUGUUGUCCUGUGGAGAUCAUAAUGCCGUCUGGGCAGUUGUUACAAAAGUACAUUUUAGAAAAAGGCUAUGCUUUAAUUCAAGGAGAUGAAACUGUCACGGAAAGAAAUCCUGAUGAGUUUCAACAGCUGCAAAAAGCAGUUACUGAAUAUUGCAAUAGCCUAAGUCCUAUACCAAGUUUUAAGCCAUCUGUUGGAGAGAUUUGCUGUGCCCAGUUCACAGAAGAUGACCAAUGGUACAGGGCUGCUGUCAUAGUUCAUCUUCCUGAUGAUAUUGUCUUGGUGGGAUACAUAGAUUUUGGUAAUACUGAGAAACUCCAUUUAAGUCAACUGCGUCCAGCCCAAGAAGAAUUGUUGGAAUUACCAAGUCAGGCAUUGAAGUGUGCUUUAGCAGGUGUGAAACCCAUAUCUGAUACUUGGUCUUUGAAUGCAGUAGUAAGAAUGAAAAGCCUGGUGAUGAAUAAGAUUCUGAAGUCCAGAACCGUACAGAAGAAGGAGAACAUCCUGUUUGUGGAACUUAAAGAUGAAACUGAGAAUUCAGUUAUCAAUAUCAAUGAAAAGUUAAUUUCUGAAGGAUUGGCUAUUAAAAUAGUGGAAGAACAAAUCACUUCUAGCUUGGAAAGCAGCAAAACUGCAGCAUAUUUGGGAAACGAUUACUUUUUAACUACUUGUUUUGAUAUUCGAAGUAGCCAGAAAUCUGCAGUUACUAAUUGA